GCGCGGGAGAGAGUUUGAGCGAGCGAGCGAGAGAGAUGGUAAUACAUGGUAUAGGUUCGAUAGCCUCAGCUGACACGCCUGCACACUAUAUACUACUCCACCGCGAGAGAGCCGUCACAUCGUGCAGCAGCAGCAGUCCGAGCGAGAUGACGAAGAGGAGCUAGAGUGAUGGACGCCCUCAAGACGAACCAGGAGGUCGUGCACGAAGGCUGGCUCAUCAAGUCGCCGCCCACCAAGCUCUGGAAAGCGAGAUGGAGACAAAGAUGGUUCACGCUGAGGCACAGCGGAGAACUGCCGGGACAAUACUUUCUGGAGUACUACACGGACAGGCGGUGUAGGAAGCUCAAAGGCAGGAUCGAUCUGGAUCAGUGUGAACAGGUCGAUGCUGGACUGAGCUUUGAGAACAGAAAGGAAAAGUACCAAUACAUGUUCAAUGUGAAGACUCCAAAGAGAAUCUACUACCUUGUGGCAGAAAGUGAGGCUGAUAUGAAUAAAUGGGUGGAUGCCAUUUGCCAAGUCUGUGGGUUAAAGGCAUACACACAAGAUGAAGACCAACAGUGCCAGAGUAAUUUUUUUACAUUUGAGACACAAGAGUCUCCUCCAAUUUCUCCGACCAGUUCCAUGUCUGGUCCAUACAUUCCUAUAAGUGAAUGUAUUUCUGGACCACGUCUCAAUGAUACAAGUUCUCUUAGUUCAUCAACAGCACAAGCCAUUGACAAUUAUGAUUCUACUAGAAGAUUGGUGCCAUCUCCUCCGAGAUCUCCCACAACUGAUGCAGAAAGUGUUGUCACAGACGAUGAAUGGGUUCCUCCUUUACCAAAUGUACAUUGGGACACUUUUCCAUCACCUGGUGACUUGAAGCCAGGUUUUAAACCAAGCAAUGCAGGAAUUGGUUCCUGGAGUGUAAAAAAAAGAUUUGGGAAGCUCAGAAUUGUUGAUUCAGCCAAGCCACCUACUGCAGAUGAAAUACCAAUUCCACCAAGACCUCCAAAGCCACCCCGCAUGAUUGUUGAAAGUCCAAGUCACAAUUAUUUAAAUCUAGAUGGAGCAACCGAAAGCUCCAAGCCAACCACACCCUCGACUCCAGCCCUACAGAUUAUUAAUAAUGACUUAAACAAUUCAGGUCAUCAAAAAUCUCGCCUAACACCAGUGAAAGUGGAAAAAAAUGCAGUGGAAAAAUUGCCAAAGCAGUUAAACACUGCUUCAGUUUCUACUAAUCCCGACGAUCACGUGUUCCGUUACGAUUUUGACAACCACGAUCAUUCAGUUCUAGAGAACACAUCGUCGGCCACCUAUACGAAUCUUCCGAGUCCUUUGCAUAAGGAAAAUGCCAAUCCAGUGCCUGUAAUAGUCGUGCCACCACCGCCACCGCCAUUAGUUUAUAGAGAGUUAAAACCGGGAAGAAAAACUAGUGAUUCUAACGUAAGCAAUGAAUUGUCCCCUACCAUUGUUAAUAAGGAGAGCAAUUCUAAUGAACAGGUGCAUACUGAACCACCUAGUAUAAAUCGAAAAUUAAAACCGCCGUUAGCCAAGCCAUCUGUUGAAGCAGAUCUAUUACAAGUUGCCUCGCCUCCUAGCAAGGGGAAAGUCAAACCAAUUCCUAGUCCUAUUCUAACGACGAAAAUGCAAAAAGGGCGAAAUCCCUCGAUAUCCGAUGAUGAAAAUAAUACAUUUGAAGAGAAAGAAGAGAUAUAUUACUAUCAAGAUAAUGACACCUUUAUACCAGCAUCAAAUCGUCGUUUAUUGGUCUUACAAUACUUGGAUCUAGACUUGGAGGCAUCCGAAAGUUUGAACAAUUCUGCCAUACAGUCCCCGCCAUCCCCAUUAGCCACGACCGUCUACAAAACCGUUGAUUUCCUAAAAACCGAGGCUUUUAAUCGUACAAGACAGAGGGUUGAAGAAGAGAGAAAGCAGUGCACUGAUGAAUUGACUUGAUUCACGCUGUCAUCCUUAAAACCACAAGUGCUUCCACAGUUAUCUUCUGCAACGGAAUCAAAGCAGGAGAACUUUAAUGUUAAAUUUUUUCUUUAUUACUUUUAAGAAGACUAUUGAUUUAUCGUUAUGAGAAGUGAUAAGAGAAAUCAAAUUUUGUCUUCUGUAGUUACCUUACAGAAUUUAUAAGCAAAGUGAUAGAUAUAUGAAUUGUUAAAAUUAGUAAAAAGUCUGAAAAAUGAUCAUUAUCAACGUUACAUUAGUUGUAUCACCGAAAAAUAACGGACCAAAAAAUUGUAUUCAAUUAAUAAAAUUAAUUUGACUAGGAUUUAAAAAUAAUUAAUAAAAAGGGACACAAAAAAGCUCUACUUGUUGAGAAUCAUCAGUGGACCUUGGUAGGCUAUCACAUCUCUAAACUUGUUUUUGCAAGCCGUGCAUCUAUUUUAAGAUGGGUAUGAAUCUUGUAAAAACGUUUUUUGUACAUGACUAUCGUAUAGUAUUACUGUAUCAGCAAUUUGUGAUCUUCUCUAAUGAAAUGUUCUCUUACGCCAGAAGGUAUUUGCCAUUUGAGAUUGGAGUAUUUUUUCACUGUCACAAAUUUUAUAUAUUUUUCUAUUAAUAAUAUACGUACGUUUUACACUGUAAUAAUACCCCGUAUGUAUUCGUUUCUUGUUACAUAUAAACAAACAAAAAUAUUCAAACAGUUGUUGAAUAAAAUUGAAUAUCAAUGCAAUGUAUAAUAAUUAAAAACAAAAGUUACAUUUUAAUUUUGUAAAAUUAAUAAAUAAAGCACAUUUUAUAGUUAUCUACG